CAGCAAUAAUCAAAUCCUCCAUUCCGCACGACACGAACGCACGCACGCAAUCCCCCCUCCGCCGCGAGAUCUCCGGAUUCGUUUCCGUGCUCGCGAGCCGCGCCCGGAGAAGAGGAGGAGAAAUCCUGUCGAUUGGCGUCGGCUUGCGUCGUUUGGGGGUGGUGGUGGUUGUGAAUUUUGAUUUCUAAGCGUUUUCGUUGGUUGGAGUGCUCGCCAUGGGAUUGGGGAACGAGGCGAGCUCGUCGUCGUCGCGGCUGGAUCCGGCGCCUCUGCUCCCGCACCACGGCGGCGAUGGCGCCGGGAAGCUGUCGUCGCAGCCGAAGACCUUCGCGAACGUCUUCAUCGCGGUGGUCGGCGCCGGCGUGCUUGGCCUGCCGUACACGUUCUCGCGAACCGGGUGGGCUGCGGGGUCCAUCCUCCUGCUCUCCGUUGCCGCGCUCACCUUCUACUGCAUGAUGCUGCUCGUCGCCUGCCGCCGCCGCCUCGCAGACGAGCACCCGAAGAUCGCCUCCUUCGGGGACUUGGGGGACGCCGUGUUCGGCGGUCCGGGGCGCCACGCCGUGGACACCAUGCUGGUGCUCAGCCAGGCCAGCUUCUGCGUCGGGUACCUCAUCUUCAUCUCGAACACCAUGGCGCACCUUUACCCCGUCUUCGCGCCCUCCUCCAACGCGCUCCUCUCACCAAAGGCGCUCUUCAUCUGGGCGAUGCUGCCGUUCCAGCUUGGGCUCAACUCCAUCAAGACGCUCACGCUCCUCGCGCCGCUCAGCAUCUUCGCCGAUGUAGUUGACCUCGGCGCCAUGGGCGUCGUUCUCGGACAGGACGUGUCCACCUGGCUCGCCAAACCACCACCCGUCUUCGCCUUCGGCGGCGUGAGCGCGAUCCUGUACGGCAUCGGCGUCUCCGUGUACGCCUUCGAGGGAAUCGGCAUGGUCCUUCCUCUUGAGGCAGAGGCCGCCAACAAGAAGAAGUUUGGAAUCACCCUCGGGCUGUCCAUGGGGUUCAUCGCCGUCAUGUACGGGCUAUUCGGCGCCAUGGGUUACAUCGCGUUCGGCGACGCCACGCGCGACAUCAUCACCACCAACCUCGGGACUGGGUGGCUCUCGGCCGCCGUGCAGCUCGGCCUGUGCAUCAACCUCUUCUUCACCAUGCCGGUGAUGAUGCACCCCGUGUACGAGGUGGCCGAGCGGCUCCUCCACGGCAAACGCUACUGCUGGUGGCUGCGGUGGCUGCUCGUCCUGGUCGUCGGGCUCUCGGCCAUGUACGUGCCCAACUUCACCGACUUCCUGGCGCUCGUCGGGAGCAGCGUCUGCGUCCUGCUCGGGUUCGUGCUGCCGGCCUCGUUCCACCUCAAGGUGUUCGGCGCCGAGAUGGCCUGGCCCGGGGUGCUCGGCGACCUCCUGCUCGUCGUGCUCGGCCUCGCGCUCGCCGUGUUCGGCACCUACACGUCCCUGCUCCAGAUCUUCCACUCGUCCAGCGCUUAAUCUCUGGACAUCCUUUACGGAUCCCUGCGCUGAUGAUUGAUUUGCUCAUUCGCUCCGCGCGCGGGUUCAGGUACGCUGGUUGCAUUCUUAUGUACAGAGAAGGCGAACAUCAGUCGAUCAGAUGGGGAAAUGCCCAUUUCAGCUAGCCGUUGGUUUGGGCAUGGAGCCAUGGACAGUGUUCUUCGUCGGCCGAAUUCUUUGAAAGAAGAUUACUACUAGUUGGAUGGUUUGUAGUACAAGUUAGCCUGGAUGGCAUGGAGAAAUCUGUAUGGUUUUGCAACGACAGAUUCCCAUAGCUACCAUGCCAGUUACAGUGUGUAUGUUCUGGAUGUUCCAGCUGCUGCAUUGCACGGUGGAAUCGAUGAAAGGACAUAUGUUGAAGUAGUAAUAAAUAAAAGUGUCUAUUUAAGGUUACAGCUUGUGUUGGGGUCUUGGGUAUGUUUGUGUGGUUUGGAAGGCAAGCAAUUGGGACGACAAUUAUACUCGUCAACGUACAUUUUGUUUUGUCCCAAGCAAGCAAACUUGUAAUGCUCCAACUACCAAUCGAAAUAUCAAAUCUUGUUUCACCUGGCCCCUCAACCUGUCAACCAUCCAACCAAUUGCGCAGGCAGAAAUCUAAUCACGAAAGAACUCAAA